AUGAAUUCUACGGGAUCGCAUCUAGCGUCGCUCCCCAACCCGCCAAAGCCUCUUCCUCAGGUGCCGGGGCCCAAGCUUGCACCCUUUACUCGUACCGCCACCGCCACCAUUCAGUUUAUUCAGGAGCUUGGUAACCCCGAGCAGGACAUGGAUGGUCGUGUUUGGAAGGUCAACAUCCAGGAAAAGGAGUACGCCCUGAAGAUGUUCAGGUUCCAUUGCUACAAGUUCCUGCGAUCGAGCUUGAGCGGCAAUGCUAUGCGCAGGCUCGCGUCUCCCCAGCUCUACGCCGACUACUUUGAGCCAUUCCACUGCGAGUGCCGCGCCUAUGGCCGGCUCAAAGAAGAGAACCGCGAGGACCUCGCCGUCCGGGCCUAUGGCUACCUCCUUCUCACUCCACAACAGGAAGCCGAGAUCAGCAGGUUGAUCGCCGGCGUCGAUUACGACCCGGACUACGCCAAGGCCGAGCUGAAGGGCCGCAAUCUCUGGGGCCGGUGGGAGGAGCAUCGCCAUCUCCCCGUCAGGGCGAUCGUCAAGGAGCUAGUGAGCCCUCAGGACCCCUUUACCUCCGCCCAACUGUCGGAUCUGUGGAGGGACUUGGAAGAUCUCCACAGGCUCGGCAUUCUCGUCCGCGAUAUCAACGUCUUCAACUACAUGGGCGGGAAGCUCAUCGAUUUCGGCCGUGCCUGGACCAUCCCUCACCCGUGGCCCCUGAACUCGGCCCCGGAACAGAUAGAGAGGCUGAGACAACAGGAACCAAGUGGGUUGCAAGGGGCCAUCGUCGAGUGGGGAAUAGGAAAUGGUUGGGACUGGGGCAAAGUGGUCAUCCCUGACGAGCUGAACAAGUGCGUCACCGGGGAAAGCCAGGAAACCGACCGGUACGGGGCUGACCCGAGGCUGUACGACUGGCGCAAGUGGGAAAAGAACCCCGCUGCUGUGGACAAGUUUUAUGAGAAGGAGCUUUUCGCCGAGGAGCCUGAAUCAACUUGGUAG